GUGGACGACUAUAUAAGCCAGGGUUGAUCAACAAACAUUCUCCAAAGUUUCCGCUGGCAAUUCUUUUCCGUUAACGCAAGACACCUCUCUACGAAAUAUCAUUCGCAAAGAUGCGCAAGACCACAGCUAUCCUCGCCGCCGCCUGUAUGGGUUCGGCCCUAGCCGCUCCUAGCAACAACAAGCGCUACCUUCGUGAUCCUGCGCAGACGGUGACGGGCAAUGAACUCGCUUAUGAAAUCCCUGCUCCCGUUUCGUCCGGGGGCAAGGCUUGGUCGGACGCUCAUGCUCGAGCCAAGGGACUCGUCGACCAGAUGUCGGUCGAGGAGAAGGUUGGGAUCGUUACCGGACAACCCGGUGUUUGUGCUGGACAGACCAAGGCUGUCGAGCGACUCGGUAUCCCUUCUCUCUGCUUGCAAGAUGGACCCGCUGGUGUCAGGCCGGCUGAUGGGCACACUCAAUUCCCCGCUGGAGUAACCAUCGCCGCCACUUGGGACCGAGAACUUAUUUACAACCGUUCGCGUACCAUGGGACAAGAGUUCUAUGACCUGGGUGUCAAUGUCGCCCUCACUCCCGUUACUGGUGGACCUAUCGGUGCCAACCCCGUGAUGGGCCGAAACUUUGAAGGAUGGUGGGCCGAUCCUUACGGUACGGGUAUCGCCAGUUACCUCAGCGUCAAGGGUAUUCAGGAUGCAGGGGUUGUCGCUACCGCCAAGCACUUCCUCGGUUACGAACAGGAGACGUCGCGAAACAUCUACUUGGUCCCCAACCCGGAUAGCCCCGCUUCUCUUUCGAACCAAUUGCCCGUCUCAUCGAACAUUGACGAUCGAACCACUCAUGAAGUCUACAUGUGGGGCUUUGCCGAGGCCGUCCGAGCGGGUGUCGGUUCCGUCAUGUGUGCUUACAACCGAGUCAACGGCACCCACGCAUGCCACAACUCGGUCAUCCAGAACGGUCACCUCAAGGGCGAGCUUAACUUCCAGGGCAACAUCAUGAGCGACUGGGGUGGCACUUGGGACUCGCAAGCCGCUGCUCUCGGAGGUCUCGACCUGGAGAUGCCCGGAUUGAACUUUGGAGGAGCUUUGGGAACAUUCUACGACACCUCCCUUGAAGCCUUGGUCAACAACGGAACCGUCAGCCAGGAACGUCUCGAGGACAUGGCCGUCCGAGUCUUGACCCCGUACUUUGCCCUCGGACAAGCCGAGACGGCCCUGCCUUCGGUCAACGUCAUCCCUUGGAACUUCCCUACCGCCAAUCUAACCGCUGCCAACCCUUACCGACUGGUUCAGAAGCCCUCGACCCGCAAGCUCAUCAAGCAGAUCGCUGAAGACGGUACCGUCUUGCUCAAGAACAACGGCGCCCUGCCUCUCAAGGCUCCUGCUCGUAUCUCGAUCAUCGGUUCCAAGGCCGGACCUGGUAUGCGCGGCGACCGAAACUGUGGCGCUACCGGAAGGCUAUGCGAAGGACCUUCGCUCGGAGGCGGAUCAGGCUGGGCCCAAGCCCUGAACUACAUCGAUCCCUUGAUGUCCAUCAGGCAGAGGGCUUUGGACGACUCGUCCGCAGUCGAUUGGGUACUCAACGACACCGAUUUGACUGCCGCUCAGUACUCUGCCGUCCAGGCCGAUGUCGCUUUGGUCUUUGUGUCUGCUUGGGCCACCGAGGAGGCCGACCGAGAUCCGUCUCUGACCUACACUUACCGAAGCGCUGUCGGCCGAAACGGAGUCUACGACGGCGAGGCUCUGAUCCAGGCCGUUGCCGCCAGCAACCCAAACACGAUCGUCGUUGCCUAUAUGCCUGGUGCCACCAUCCUCGACGCUUGGAUUGACCACCCCAACAUCACCGCCGUCGUCUCUCCCCUGCAACCUGGAGAGCAAGCCGGUCCCGCCUUGGUCUCGGUCUUGUACGGAGACGUUUCGCCCAGCGGAAAGCUCCCCUUCACCAUCGCCAAGAACAUUGGCGAUUACCCUCCCGACACCUUGACCAACACCACCGACAUCAACCCGCAGAACGACUUUACCGAGGGUGUCAACUUUGACUACCGAUGGUUCGAUGUCAACAACAUUACUCCUCGAUACGAAUUCGGUUACGGUCUCAGCUACUCCAACUUUACCUACAACAACCUCGCCAAGGACGCCACUUUCCACGCCGAUGUCGAGGCCAUUCAGACCACCAACGAGAAGUUCAAGGGUCAGAACCAGGGCGAAUCGUUGUACGACACCCUCCUUACCGUCUCGGUCGACGUCAAGAACGUCGGUGACGUCGUCGCUUGUGAAGUCGCACAGCUUUACGUUCAAUACCCCGACGGUGUCGACCAGCCUCCCAAGCAGUUGCGAGGAUUUGACAAGGCCAAGAGGCUCGGACACGGGGAGACCAAGACCUUGUCUUUCCCCAUUCGACGAAAGGACGUUGCUAUGUGGAACGUCGUCGAGCAGAUCUGGGAGGUCCCUCAGGGUCAAUUCACCUUCCACGUCGGAAGCAGCUCGAGGCAAUUGCCCCUUACCACCACUCACUCGUUUUAAGCGGAACAAGAUGAGGCGGGUUGAUUAACAAAACAAAGCUAGGCGCGACCAUCGCUGCAAACGCAAUACCUGUCAUAAUAUCUAAUUGAUCAUGUCAAAAGAAUAAUGCAUGC